CCUGAACAUGAUCUAUUUUAUGACGAUUACAUUCAUCUGAAUGUUUUGAACAAAAGGGUGCUCAACGACACUCAAGCUUCCGUUUACUAUUUAUGCUCAAAACCGUGCGUCGUCACUGUAGAGGCCGUCGCUUCUUUGGAAUUCAGAACGGGCGUCUCAGUGUAUAAGGAGAGCUGGGAGGAUAGCCACCUCCACAGCAGCCGGAAUCGAACAGUGACGCUGAUGUUCCCGAGCAGUAUGGUUUUCAGAGACGAUUAUUUCAUCCGACGCCCCUUAAUAGUCCAUACAGUGAUACUGUAUGCCUGGAUUACUCACAGGCAAGGGCGGAUCCACCAUGCCAAGCAGAGAAAAGGAUACCUCCAGGCUGCUGCCAAAGACUACACUUUGCUGGAAACCGUUCCGCCUUUUGAGCGUCCGUACAAAGAGCACAAAGUGUGUCUGAAAUGGAGCUUGGAACAUGCGUGGAAACUCCAGUCAAACAGGAUUCCUCAGUGUCUGUAUGAGACGGAUGCUGUUGAGAUCCUCAGCUUUCCAUAUGCAUCCAGUGGAGAGAUGGCAGGCAUUGUGAAGAAGUUUGGGGAAUUCAAGAACAGAGAGCUGGAAACAAUCAGGAAGCGUCAGAUUGGUUACCCCAUCUUUACUGUUUCAAUCUGGCUUUAUUUACUCGACUACUGCAAGAAACCUUUGUGUGGGCUCCUGUACUUCAUUGAUUCUGAAGAAAUGUAUGGGACCCCUGCUGUAUUUCUAACCGAUGAAGGUUAUAUCCACAUCCAGAUGCACCUUGUCAAAGGAGGAGACCUUGCUGUGAAAACCUCCUUCCGCCUUCCUCUGAGGGAGUGGCUUCGACUGGAUCUCUCCGUCAACGGAGGGCAGAUAGAAAUAUGCAGUGUUGAAAAGAAUCUGAAUAGUCGCCGGCAUCAGUCAUUUACUUUCAGGGAGGAUUUCUUUUACGAUGACACUUCGGGAUAUUUUGCCCUUGGAGGCAGUAGCUACGCAUCAGGUAUCGAAGGAUACUUUGGCCCGGUGAAAUACUAUCGGCUGAAUUGUCUGGGGACAAGAAAGAUCAGUAACCUUUUCUACAACAAAGAAAUUAUGGAAAGAAUUGAGCUGUACUACAACAAGUGUGCAGAUAUCCAAAGCACAGCAUCUGUGUAUGGAUUCGAGCUGAGACAAGAAGAGGGAAAGUCUAGGAUGAUUCUCUUUUCUUUCGCUUCAGGCCUUCAUGAAAACUAUUAUUUGGAAAUGAACGAGAAGUAUGGAGGAAACAUCAAGAAGUGCAAAGCCUCCUUGUGGGGAAAAGAGCUGAGGGAUAAAUAUGAGGAGCUGUUCAAAGAACUUCAAGAUACUGAUUUGCAGAAGGAUGCAGCGUUAGAAACUGGACGCAGGAUAUUUGAGAAGGUUGCUCAGAAUCUAUCCAGGUCUGAUGGCUUACGUUAUAUCAACUCCUCUGUCCUGUCUCUGAUGGACUCAAGCUGUUGUGGUUAUCACAGGGCUUCCUAUAUCCUUGCUGUUAUCUUUGAAAUCGGACUGGGUGUGCCUGUCGACCCAAACCAGGGGCUGCUGUACAGUUUGAUCGCCGCUCAGGGAGGCGAUAGGCUGGCUUUGAUCAGCCUCGGAUAUAAGCACUACCAAGGCAUUGACGGCUACCCGCACAAUCUGGAGAUGUCGUACGCCUACUAUAGCGAUGCUGCCGUAAAGACACCUCGUGAUCAUCAGCACGCAGAAGGAGACCAAGCCUUUGUAGAAGUGAUAAGGCUUGAGGACGACAACUUACUGAAAGCUCAAACCAAAGAAAACGGUGACCUCUUUAUGUGGCUGAAAUACGAAGCAACGAGAGGGAACGCAGCUGCACAGCAACGGCUGGGACAGAUGCUGUUUUGGGGGCAGCAAGGAGUAGAAAAAAACCCUGAAGCAGCUGUUGAGUGGUAUGCAAAGGGUGCCUUGGAAACCGAAGACCCAGUGUCCCUCUAUGAUUUUUCCAUUGUGCUGUUCAAGGGUCAAGGCGUGCAAAAAGACCGACGACUUGCACUACAUCUGAUGAGAAAAGCUGCUGCAAAGGGUCUGCCUCAGGCAAUGAAUGGGCUGGGCUGGUAUUACCAUCACUUUAGGAAAGACUAUGCAAAAGCCACCAAAUAUUGGUUGAAAGCUGAAGCCAUGGGCAGUCCCGAUGCCUCCUUCAAUCUCGGCGUCCUCUAUUUAGACGGGGUUUAUCCAGAAGCGCCUGGUAGAAAUCAC